AUGUUAACGCCUUCAUCAGCCAUAUUUGUGGAAUUCUUGUCUUCGAGGAUGAAAUCACAAUUUGAACCAACAUUUACUUAUGUUUGCGCGGCACUGCCCUUGAGUGGUACAUCGCCGAGCUCACCGAUCAAGAUCGAGAAAAUCUCCGUCUCAAUGAAGUUGAAUCGCCUUAUGGUUGGCUCCAAAAAAAAGCUUUCUCAACGUUUCAGUUUGUCUCCCAAGCUCUGUCGCGUGCGACUUACAACCGGGGCUGGAGUGAGCUUGAAUGCUUGCGAGGCAGCUCACCAAAUUCUUCGAUAUGCCCAGACACUCGGUAUUCACAACAAAGAUGACCAGCUCUCACUGGUUUUGAAGCAUUUUCAGCUGAAUCGUGAUUUGGAAGGGUUAUACCACCUCCUUGCUAAGCCCUCAUGUGGUACUUCAAUCAAAGAAUUUAUGCGAAUGUUGGAUGUGGCAGAGCAGGAAAAUAAAUUCAUACAUGAAUGGGGGCACGAAAUUUCAGUUUUUGAUCAAUAUGUUAUUGAGGAGGAACUCAAGAAGGGGAAACCUUGA